AUGUUCACUCUCAUCUCUCCUGCACUACUUCUUUCUUUACCCAUACAACUGCUACUCGGUACAGCCACCGCAACCAGUCAGCCCAGCACCAUCAACAAUUCUCCCAAAGUCAGCAUUCUAAACGGUACAUAUCAUGGUAUCCACCUCUCACCCUACAAUGAAGACGUCUUCCUCGGUAUCCCCUUUGCCCAACCACCAGUCGGAUCUCUCCGUUUCAAUCCACCGCAAUCCCUGAACACCACUUGGGACAUCCCACGCAACGCUACCGAAUACUCUCCAGAAUGCAUCGGUUAUGGUUCCGAUGAUUGGGUACUGGGAAACAUCAUCUCAGAGGAUUGUUUAACACUGAACGUCGUGCGGCCAAGCGGUCUCUCACCAGAUGCAAAACUACCAGUGGCAGUCUGGAUUCAUGGCGGCGGCAAUGUAGAAGGAGGAAGCCGAGAUCCCCGGUACAAUCUCUCAUUCAUCGUCUCACAAUCCGUGGAAGCCAAAACUCCAAUGAUAGCAGUAAGUAUCCAAUACCGACUUUCUGGCUGGGGAUUUCUAUUCGGGCAAGAAAUCCUCGAUGCAGGGAGUGCGAAUAUAGGGUUUCGAGAUCAGAGAUUGGCGCUUCAUUGGAUUCAAGAAAAUAUUGGAUUUUUCGGGGGUGCUAAGGAUGAAGUUACGAUUUGGGGAGAGAGUGCUGGGGCAUCAGGGGUCGGCGUGCAACUUGUGGCUUAUGGGGGGAGAAAUGAUGGGUUGUUUAGAGGGGCGAUUACGCAAAGUGGGGGGCUUACUGCGAGUAGACGUUACAGUACGCCUGAAGCUUGGCAACCAGUGUAUAACAACAUCACAGCAGCGGCAGGAUGUGCCAAUACGAACGAUACACUUGCGUGUCUACGCACUGUCCCCACCGAGCUUCUCAGCUCCGUGUUCAACAGUUCGGUAGCUGCAGCCGCAAGCUGGGGCGUCCAAAUCGACCACGACCUGAUUCUCAAAUCCGGUACCUCCCAACUCCGCGCUGGCGAAUUCGUCCACGUCCCUCUCCUCACCGGGCUAAAUUCCGACGAGGGAGCUUCUUUCGGCUCUAGAGGUAUAAACACCUCGUCGCAAUUCCUCGCUAUGGUACAAUCCAACGGUUUGGAUAAUACCACCACCGCCACCCUCGCUGCUUUGUAUCCCGACAUCCCCGCUAUUGGUAUCCCAGCCACGCUGAAGGGACGUCCGCCUCCCAGCGAGGCUUCUCUAGGUGCGCAGUGGAAACGCGCGGCGGCUUAUGGGGGGGAUCUUCAAAUGCAUGCGCAGCGCAGAUUGACAUCGCAGAUGUGGGCGAAAUGGAAUGUAAGCAGUUAUUCGUAUCGAUUUAAUGUGUUGGUACAUGGGGUGAGUGCGUCGAUAGGCUCGUCGCAUUUUCAGGAGGUGGCGUUUGUUUUUGAUAAUACGCGGGGAGAGGGCUACGUGAAUGCGGUUUCUCAGAAUCCUUUUGAGGGGGAUGAGGGGGAGUUGCGGGAUUUGGCGCGUGUGAUGAGUCGGAUGUGGAUUGGGUUUGUGGUGGGGGGAGAUCCCAAUGUUGCUGGUGUGAGCAAUGUAUCUUGGCCAAGUUACACACUUGAUGAUCCGACGAAUAUCGUUUUUGAUGUCAAUGUGACGAAUUUGGCGUAUGUGGAACCGGAUUAUUUCAGAGCUGCAGGGAUCAAAUAUAUCUCGGAUCGUUUGGAUACGGCUUAUGGACGAUAA